AUGAACGCCACGAGGAAAUUGAAGGUUUAUGAGGCGGUCUUCACAGCGAUGACGGAGCAAGUGGACGCCUCAGAAGCCCACAAGUUGGUCGUGGCGAUCAGGGGCCAGCUUGGUCCAAAUACGACAGACUCCCUCGACGACAAGCACGGCAGGUGCGAGGGCAAGGGGAAGCUGCACACCACGGAAACCAAUGCGAAAACCGACCAGGAGACGAUCAACCCGAUGUGGGUCGAGCCCCCGAGGAACUUCAAGCGCGCGCUCCACGCCGCCGACGCGCCGACGGGGGAGAUGCAGCGGCCGCCGACAAGCGACGCUUUGACGACCGCUGUCCAGUCUGAUCGGCCACAGGAGGGCGACGCCAUCAAGCGGGCGUUGCGUUUGUCGGCAGGGGCUGCAGACCUCGAUCAGAACCCCGGGCGCUUUCCGAGGUCGGGCCGUGUGAGCGAGCUGCCGCGGUCUAGCGGGUCCGUGAAAUGCUGGGCGGACCUCGGCGCACUCAUUGUCAUGGUUGGUCAGCAGAAGGAGUUCAUCGGCCAGGUUCAUUUCGCCUUGGCCCAGUCGCUCAAGGCGCUCAAACGCGCCAUGGGGGCGGCAGCUCUUCAGAAGAAGCGAUCGGGGCAGCGGCAGAAUGAGCCCGAUGACGCGGCAAAGGCAGAUCUUCCCAGGGGCGUCGAGCAGGCCACUGCAAAGCUGGAGUUCUCGAAGAAUGCCGCUUACUUUGCGCUCGACCGGAAGUCUGCGGGGCGCGCUUCCGUUCGGGGGACUAAUGCCGCCGCCGCCUGCGAGGUUCGCCGGGCCUUCCUUUCUGGCUACGUGCCGAACUGCUUUCGCCACUGGUUCGAGUCGAACCUGCUCCCCUCCGUCAGGUGGCUCGUGAGUGGCGCCAUCCAUAUGCGGCUGGUGGACUCCUGCGCUCUGUGCAACGGUGUGGCGCGGGGCGACUUCGAGGUGGGCAAGCAGUUGGACGUGCUGUCCGCGUCCGUGGCGCCAGCAGCCCCAGCGGCCGAGACGCAGAGCUGCGUUGCGGCGCGGCGGCGCCCCUGGCCCCUGGCCGCCCCGGAUGCCCAGCGGAUGUCCAGCUGGGAGCGCGGGCCGGCGCUCGUCCCGGUGCAGGCGCGCGGGAUGCCGCGAAGCCCGCCGGCGGUGCCAGUGCUGGCGCACGUGGCCUCCAACGCCUCCGUCGGCUCGGUGGUCGCGGUGGCCGGGCCGCCGAGGACGCCGCGCCUGGCAGCGCUGCUUGCGACGGGCGCGCCGCCGCCGCUCCCCGGGGCUGCGGGCUGCGGGCGGG